CUCUCAGACUCAGCACACAUAUAUGUGCAGUACGUCUGGCUCACCGUCAUAUGAGUCAUCUGGUCAAUUACGUACGUAUCGCGAAUUUGUGCAGCAAACUCCGAGCUGCUCGGCUUAUGACUGUAACGUCGAACUAUGAAAAAAAUACGCACUAUAAACUUGAACGUACGACUAGCUAACAUCAUGCAAAGCGACCGUUCUUCGGGCUAAACUACCACGGGCACCGUGAUCUCUUCGCAUUCAAGCCGGCCUGUGCAUCCCACAACUGGGAUUUCGAAUCUACUGCAUCUCACCCGUAUGCUCCACCGAGAUCCACUUCGAAUGCCUACAUACGCUACAGUUUGAUCGUCUCGCUCCGAAAGUUGGAGUGAUGUUGCUCGAGAUAGCUUGCUUCAAUCCCGUCAGCGCCCAGACAGCCUGCUCCGCCGGUGCUGAUAGCAUUGAACUCUGCAACAACCAGCACCUCGGCGGGACAAGCCCACCACUCGAAUGGGUCCAGCAAGUCAGAAGAGUAGUCUCCACUCCCAUGUUCGUGAUGAUCCGGCCACGUGGCGGUGACUUCUACUACAGCGUGUCGGAGUUCGAAUCAAUGCAGGCCGAUAUCGCCCAAUUCAAGCCUUACGUGGAUGGUUUCGUCUUCGGGAUUCUCAGCGAGGACCGGCGUGUGGACGUCCUCCGGACCGCCGAUCUGGUGCAACGUGCGAGCCCGCUGCCGUGCACCUUCCACCGGGCCUUUGAUGAGGUUGCAGAUGUGGAGCAGGCGCUGGAGGACAUUGCGCAGACGGGCUGUCGCACGAUCCUCAGCUCUGGUGGGGCACAGAAUGCAUCACAAGGUAAGGAAACUUUGGCGCGAUUGGUACAGCUCGCUGCCGGACGGAUCGUCCUCAUGCCUGGAGGAGGUGUACGGGCAAGCAAUCUUGCAGGUCUCUGCUGGAGUACACGCGCCUCUGCCUUCCAUUCUGCGGCUACGCCGUCAGGAGGGGAGCAUGCCGAUCCAUCGGAGAUCCAGGCAAUGAAGCAGAUCCUCUGUGCAGAUCCGAGAGGGUGAAUCUCACCUUUCAUCCUCGGUCCAAAGCCUUGCUCAUGCUGUCAAACGAAAUUCACGAAUGUAGAUAGAUAUGUGAGGAUUUGGAGUAAAUGGUAAAUCAUAGCAAUGGCGUUAUUUCGUUGUACACAAUGCGGCAAAA